UGAGAGAACAGGUUACAUCCUCCAGUGACUUCCUACAUUUUGCACAGCCUUUAUCAGAGGCUGAUGAAGAGGAAUAGGUCGAUGAAGGAGAAAGAUGGCUCCUGGGAUCCCGAUCCAACAAAGCAUUUGGUGGGACAGAACCUUGGGGGAAGGGAUCUGUGGGUCUGUGUUACCCCUUCCCUCUACAGAAGUAAAAUCUCACUGCAGACCUGAAAAGAUCAUUUCCCUCUGGUGAUAUAGGGCCUAAAGAGCACAUUUUCCUUCUGCUUUUAAGCUUUGUUCUGAAGAAAUACGGGCUGCUGAGUGAAGAUGAUAGUUGGACUGACUUCUCUACUGAGAUUUAUAAACCUCUCUUAUGAAACAUUUAUAUGAAACACUUCAUAAUCCACCAGUCCUGCCAAUUUACCAGAAUUGGAAAGAAGGAUUUUCCUUCUGGGUGAAGGCAGCCAAAGACAUUCCACACAUCUGCCGUCAACACAUGUACACGCAAUCUCCACAACAGAGAUUAGGGAGUUCUUAUUUAUAUUAGACAAUCCUAAUUAAAAAAUACUUGAAAGCUGCUACAGAGCCAAGCAAUGCUAUGUGAAAAGGACUGAAUGCAGAAAUCCAGAAGAAAUUAUCUACAGAAGGAGCUCAGAUCCAGAGCCUGUACAAGAGGCCAAACGUUGAGGUGACUGAUCUAAGAGGGAGCCCCAAAGCUGCGAGAAGGGCAACGCGAAGUAGCAGCAGAAACUUCACGGCCAGUUUUUGUACAGGAGAAGCCGACAGGAGAUCAUGAGAAAACUUUAAAGACACAUAAGGAAGAUAAGCCUCAGAAACCGAUGGAAAUGAAUGGGCCUGAGCCAGUGCCAGAUUCCUAUGACUAUGAUCUCAUUGUCAUUGGUGGAGGCUCAGGUGGUCUGGCAGCUGCCAAGGAGGCUGCCAAAUAUGAAAAGAAAGUGAUGGUACUGGACUUUGUCAAGCCCACACCUCAGGGAAACUCAUGGGGUCUUGGGGGAACAUGUGUAAAUGUGGGGUGUAUACCUAAAAAAUUGAUGCACCAGGCUGCUUUACUUGGACAAGCCUUGCAAGAUUCACGCAAAUUUGGAUGGCAGUUUACAGAAGAAGUCAAACACAACUGGAUGACUAUGACAGAAUCUGUUCAGAAUUACAUUGGUUCACUGAACUGGGGCUAUCGGGUUGCGCUGAGAGACAAGAAAGUCACAUAUGAGAAUGCAUAUGGAGAAUUUGUCGGGCCACACACAAUUAAGGCAACAAACAAAAGAGGAGUUGAGAAGCUGUACACGGCUGAGAGAUUUCUCAUUGCCACUGGUGAACGACCACGCUACCUGGGUAUACCUGGAGACAAGGAAUACUGCAUUAGCAGUGAUGAUCUUUUCUCUCUGCCUUACUGUCCAGGGAAAACCCUGGUUGUUGGAGCUUCCUAUGUUGCCUUGGAAUGUGCAGGAUUUCUUGCAGGCCUUGGAUUAGAUGUCACUGUAAUGGUGAGAUCCAUCCUCUUAAGAGGAUUUGACCAGGAUAUGGCAAACAAAAUUGGUGAAUAUAUGAAAGAACAUGGAGUCAACUUUAUUAGGGAGUUUGUACCAACCAAGGUUGAGCAACUUGAGGAAGGAACUCCUGGAAGAUUGAAAGUUACAGCCAAGUCCACAACGGGGGACGAGAUAAUUGAAGGGGAAUACAAUACUGUGUUGUUAGCAAUUGGAAGAGAUCCAUGCACAAGAAAAAUUGGGUUGGACAAAGUUGGAGUGAAUAUCAAUGAAAAAACAGGAAAAAUUCCUGUCAGUGAUGAGGAGCAAACAAAUGUGCCGUACAUCUAUGCUGUUGGAGAUAUACUGCAGGACAAGCUGGAACUCACACCAGUGGCAAUCCAGGCAGGAAGAUUGUUAGUUCGGAGGCUUUAUGCUGGAGCAACCACUAAGUGUGACUAUGUGAAUGUUCCAACUACUGUAUUUACUCCUUUGGAGUAUGGAGCCUGUGGGUACUCUGAAGAGACCGCAGUGGAGAAAUUUGGGGAGGAAAACAUUGAGGUGUACCAUAGUCAUUUCUGGCCUCUGGAGUGGACUGUGCCAUCCAGAGACAACAACAAAUGCUAUGCAAAGAUAAUUUGCAAUAUUCAAGAUAACGAGAGAGUCAUUGGUUUCCAUGUCCUUGGUCCAAAUGCUGGAGAAGUCACCCAAGGGUUUGCAGCCACCAUUAAAUGUGGGAUAACAAAAGAACAGCUGGACAACACCAUCGGAAUUCAUCCUGUCUGUGCCGAGGUAUUCACCACCCUGUCCGUGACUAAGCGUUCUGGUGAAGACACCCUCGUGAGUGGAUGCUGAGGUUAAAGAGCCCCAUUCCUGUUAUUGCCAGAGACUGGCUUUCACCACAGUGUCUGACUUGUGCCAAUCAGAAAAAAGAUCUGGGGAGAAGUCAUCCUGCAGAAAUGUGUAGAGCUUAACCUGGACAUUCCAUGGUCCUAAGGAGAAGAGCACUGUGGAAGUUGGUCACUUGUGGUGAUUGGCUGGCAAUGAACAACGCAAUGGGAAUAUUGACUGUCGAGCUGGCGAUUAGCAGGGCAUUUAAUGAAUGCUUUCAUGAAGUCAUAGCCUGAAACCUGCAUUGUCUGGUGGGCAGUGAUGGAAGAACUGCUAACACAGCUGGACAACAACUGUUUUACUUUGGUUUUAUUCCUCUCUAGUUUCUUUCCUGAACAUUCCUUUCUAGUUCUUUCGGGAACAAAGAACUUCCCAACUCAGAAAAAUUCUCACAGUUUCAGAUAACUGUGUAGUGCUCCUGUGUGCUGUGUUAUGACACAGCAACUGCAAGGUCUCCUCAUGAGCAUGCAUUUUACCAGCUCAUAUGCUUAUGGAGGAGAAGGUGUAUCUACUUGUUUGGUCAUGACGAAAAAGAUAGCGGAAAAAAAUUUAGCACCAUCUAAAAUAGCAUAUUUCUGGCCUUCCAAAUUGACUCUGUUGUGACUUUUUAUUUAGAGAACCUUGUAUAUGAAAACAUUCUUCUUAGAGAGAAAGGAACAUACUUUUUAUUAAGGCCUUUUUAUACAGGAAGUUGUUGGGUUUUUUUCCCUGAGAGUAACAGUCAUGUGUAUAACACAGAUGUGAUGAUCUUAGCUUUUCUUGAAGCUUAUGGGAUUAUAAUUAAUCCAAUUUGGAACUGACAGAAUGCCCGUGUUGAAUGAAUUAUGCUUCCAGGAACUCUGUGCAACUGUAUUAAAUUUGAGUAAAUUCCUUCCUCUGCAGGUGAGCUGUUGUAAGCUGCCCUGUUUCAGGUCUAAAUUGGCCUCUUCGAACACAACAGUAUUGAGACUUUCCCUGAGAUCAGUGGGCCUGUAAAAUAAAAAAAAAAAAACAAAACCAACCCAACCAAACAUCCCCUAAAACAACCAACUAAAGAAACCCCCCACUCAACCUCCAAAAACCAAUAAUGAAAAGUCUGUUAUGUAGGUAGGGCCUAAAAGUUGUAUUUGGUUCCAUGUACACUUUGUUUUAUAUUUAAUUAAGAAAACAAUACUUUUAAAACAGAGAUUUCCGUGGAAAAUAUCAUAUUCUUGCAUAUCCCUCCUGUAUUGGAUAAUCUACCUACACAUUUGUCAAGAAAUUACAAAAAUGCCUCUUUUAAAUGGAAAUUAAUGUGCUUUGUGAUCUGGUUUUCCAUUUCCCUCUCUUUUUAGCAGCAAGGUUCGGAUUACUUUUAUUAAAUGGUUCUUGGGAGUUUAGUACUGUGGUGUGAAUAGGGGAUGAAUUCCCCAGCACUCUGGGCAUAAUGCCUUAUGCCUAAAUUCCUACCUGGUAACAAAUUCAUGUAUUUCUACUGAGAUUUCUAAAAUAGUGUUGUAAGUUAUUUUUAUAAACUCAUACAUAAGUGAAGGAUUUUUAAACAUGUUUUGUAUGGCAUCUAGAUGGUCUGUGAUGGUAUUUUUCUGGCCAGUUUAUUAAAUAAAUUGAAUAUUUGCACAA